ACUACAGUUAUUUGCCGUGUUUGAAGCUUCCAAAUCCAUGUUUUCUGCCCACUUGGAUAAUGAUGCCUACAGAUGAAAACAGGCACGUUGCGGGAAGAAGGAGAAGAAUAGCAGACGUUCUUGCAAGCCAAGAUUCAAGAAAUGCCAGAUUACAAGAGGAGAACAUGGAUAAUGGAGGAGAAACGGAAGAAUUAAAACAGUGGGGUUUUCUCAGUGAUUAUGACAAUACAGAGGAGAUAGCGAAAUUUCUCCAUCCCGUGGAUUGCAUUCAUUUUCGCUUAGCCUGUAUAGAAAGUUCUGUUCUACCCCCAUUGAACCGAAUAUCGGCUUCUACAAGGACCACAGCAACUACAUGUUUAUCUCCAUGGCUGAUGUCUAUCUUUGAAGACAAUAAAAAGACCAUAUGCGAAUACUUAGACCCGAUUUUUAAUAAUGAGAAGUACCUCAUGAAAUCAUGUAAAGAGCUUGUAGGUGCUACAAUCCGUUUUUCAAAAGGUGGAUGGCUUCUAUUGUCUAAGGGGAAAAAAACCAUAUUCUGCUACAAUCCUUUCACAAGAGAAAUGAUCCGUCUUCCAGAUGUACCUGAUGACUAUGUACUUGGUGGAAUGUCAUUCUCGUCAGUGCCAACUUCUCGCGAUUGCGUGGUGAUUGUCAUCUCCAAGUGCUGGGAAUUGGAAGGUCACAGUGAGAUAUCUUUCAUGGUCACUAAACCGGUAACUAGAGCAACUCGUUGGACUGUUCGUCGAUUCAGUUAUCAAGGCGACAACGGGACAACUUUAUGCCGUGUAUUAACAAUCCGGUUUUCUAUAAGGGAGCUUUCUACUGCUUAG